AACGAACUAAAAAAAAUGGAGGGAUUUGAUGAUGCUGGUGUAUUUUUUUCUGAUAAUUUCGGAAACGAUCAGCAGUCGGACUGUGCGCAAAUAAAUUUGCAAGCGGUCAAGAAAAGAUACAAGGAGUUUAUUCGGACAUUCAACGAAGACAACUUUUUUUAUAAAUACCGUGACACAUUGAAACGCAACUACCUCAAUGGACGCUAUUUUCUGGAAAUCGAAAUGGAAGAUUUGGUGGGAUUUGAUGAGGCCCUUGCCGAUAAAAUGAACAAACAGCCAACUGAACAUCUGCAAAUUUUUGAAGAGGCUGCUCUGGAAGUGGCUGACGAAAUUACAGCUCCACGUCCCGAGCAUGAAGAGCACAUGCACGAUAUCCAAAUACUAUUGAGCUCCAAUGCCAACCCCACCAAUAUACGUGAACUAAAAUCAGAAUGCGUGUCGCGCUUGGUUAAAAUUGCAGGAAUAAUUGUGGCCGCAUCCGGCAUUAGUGCAAAGGCAACAAAAAUUUCCAUUAUGUGCUUGUCGUGCAGCACUGUUAUACCAAAUCUCAGAGUAAAUCCCGGACUAGAAGGCUACGCCCUGCCACGAAAAUGCACAACGGAACAGGCGGGACGACCAAAGUGUCCCCUAGAUCCGUUCUUCGUAAUGCCGGACAAGUGCAAAUGCGUGGAUUUUCAAACGCUAAAAUUGCAAGAGCUACCAGACUUUGUCCCUCAAGGAGAGAUUCCUCGACAUUUGCAGUUAUUCUGUGACCGUUCCCUGUGCGAACGUGUUGUGCCAGGAAAUCGUGUUCUCAUACAAGGUAUUUAUUCAAUUCGAAAAGUGGGUAAACCCUCUCGUCAGGAUGGUCGAGAGAAGGCCGUUGUGGGUGUUCGCGCGCCCUAUAUGCGGGUGGUGGGCAUAACAGUGGAUGCAGAGGGGGCUGGUGCCAUUUCUCGCUAUAGCAAUAUAACCACCGAUGAGGAGGACAACUUCCGACGCAUGGCUGCCUCAGGAGAUAUAUACGAACGCCUUUCUCAAUCAUUGGCUCCUAGUAUAUUCGGCUCUCGAGACAUCAAAAAGGCUAUAACUUGCAUGCUUUUUGGUGGGUCCCGCAAGCGGCUGCCAGAUGGACUGUGUCGACGGGGGGACAUCAACGUACUGCUGUUGGGGGAUCCAGGUACGGCAAAGUCGCAGCUACUAAAGUUUGUCGAGAAGGUAGCCCCCAUUGGCGUGUAUACAUCAGGAAAGGGAUCUAGCGCGGCUGGUCUUACAGCAUCGGUUAUGAAGGAUCCCCAAACGCGCAAUUUCGUCAUGGAAGGAGGUGCCAUGGUGUUGGCUGACGGUGGUGUCGUUUGCAUCGACGAAUUUGACAAAAUGCGUGAAGAUGACCGGGUGGCCAUACACGAGGCAAUGGAACAGCAAACCAUCUCCAUUGCAAAAGCCGGCAUUACAACCACAUUAAAUUCUCGAUGUUCGGUUUUAGCAGCUGCUAAUUCUAUAUUUGGCCGGUGGGACGAUACAAAGGGCGAGGAAAAUAUUGAUUUCAUGCCCACAAUAUUAUCUCGUUUUGACAUGAUUUUUAUUGUUAAGGACGUACACGAUGAGACACGUGAUAUUACUCUCGCAAAGCACAUCAUAAACGUGCAUCUUAGUUCCAAUAAAUCUGCACCAACCGAGCCAGCCGAAGGUGAAAUAUCUUUGUCCACAUUUAAAAAGUACAUACACUACUGUCGCACCCAUUGUGGGCCACGAUUAAGUGAAGCUGCUGGCGAGAAGCUUAAGAGCCGCUAUGUGCUGAUGCGAAGUGGUGCCGGUCAGCAGGAAAAAAAUGCAGACAAACGGCUGAGUAUUCCGAUUACAGUGCGCCAGCUAGAGGCUGUUAUUCGAAUUUCAGAGUCCUUAGCAAAAAUACGCUUGCUUCCUUUUGUCGCCGAUGAUCAUGUCAAUGAGGCCCUUCGACUUUUCCAAGUAUCGACUCUUGAUGCAGCUAUGACUGGAAGCCUGGCCGGUGCUGAGGGAUUCACCACAGAGGAAGACCAGGAAACUCUUAACCGUAUUGAAAAACAAUUAAAGCGUCGAUUUGCUAUCGGAUCUCAAGUUUCUGAACAGAAUAUCUUACAGGACUUUUUACGUCAAAAGUACGAGGAGCGUACUGUAGUCAAAGUCAUUCACACGAUGAUUCGACGUGGUGAACUUCAGCACAGAAUGCAACGCAAGAUGCUAUACCGCAUAUGCUAGUUGCCCUUACUAAUACUUACUAUUAUUGUCAUUAUUUUAGCAUCAUAAAUGAGUAAGCUAAUUUUUGUCACUGUACUUUUAUUAUAUGAAAAUAAUUUAAUAAAGAAAAUGCUUUUAGGCGUAA